CUGUUGCCAUCUCUAACUGUGAGCUAGCUAAACAAAAAAUCAAAAUUUUACAGACGUACGAAAAUCAAAUCCUAGUACAAGAUGUUAGGUUCAAUGGUAAAAGAGCAUCAUUCUAAGCAGUCAAAGCGCAAGCAGGAGCAAGAAGUGCGUCGUAAAGAAGCCAUCGAAGCUUCCAACGAACUUACGCAGUCUCUAGUUGACCACCUUAAUGUGGGAGUGGCGCAAGCAUAUUUAAAUCAAAAACGUUUAGAUGUAGAAGCCAAACAGUUGCAUGUGGGUGCCACCAACUUUGCCAAACAGACACAUCAGUGGCUGCAAUUGAUAGACAAUUUCAGUAGUGCUCUGAAAGAACUCGGUGAUGUAGAAAACUGGGCGCGAAGCAUUGAAGGAGACAUGCAAGUAAUACAGCAAACUUUGGAGCUCGCCUACAAGACAUCUCGUGCAACGCAAGCGACAACAGGUGUUGCGACGACGUCGGCGACAGCAACUUCCACAGCAGCUGCAGCUAUUCCAUGAUUCAAUUCUUAGGUGGGUGAACCGCCAUAUUAAAGCAUACAUGAACUGAUUUAUACAGCAAUUUUUACAGUUUAAUUUAUUGUA